GGAACAAUGAGGCGGCAAGUGCUGUUGUUUAUCUCCUUCCUCUCUCUUUCAUCGGUGGCCGGACAGGUCAGCUACUCCAUUCCCGAGGAGAUGGCAAAGGGCUCAUUAAUCGGUAACAUCGCUCAGGAUCUAGGUUUAGACAGGAAACGACUAACAUCAGGUAAAGCUCGGAUUUUUACUGGAGACAGUGCUGAGCACAUCGAGCUGAAUAGCGAACGAGGAGUCCUCCUUAUCAAAGAGAAAAUAGACAGAGAAGCGCUGUGUGGACAGACGACGCCCUGCGCUUUGCAUUUUCAGAUUAUAUUGGAAAACCCUAUGGAAUUUUAUACUGUUGUUGUCGAAAUUACAGAUAUAAACGACAAUACUCCAGUAUUUGAAAAAACUGACAUGAAAUUCAAAAUAAGCGAGUCUGCCGUAAUAGGAGCGAAAUUCUUGCUAGAGAGGGCAUUAGAUCCCGAUGUUGGCAUGAAUAGUCUGCAGAGUUAUUAUCUGACUAAGACUGAGAAUUUUGUGCUGAAACUGAAGGAUCAACCCGAUGGAGAAAAGAUUGUUGAAAUGGUUUUACAAAAACCUCUUGACAGAGAGAAGGCAGAGGAGAUAUUUCUAGUUUUAACUGCGGUAGACGGAGGGGAACCAAACCUAUCUGGGACAGCGCAGAUACAUGUUACAGUGCUUGAUGCUAAUGACAAUGCGCCUGUUUUUACGAAGACGGUUUACAAAGCUACAAUAACAGAAAACGCCCCCAAAGGUACAGUCAUAACCAGGGUCACUGCUUCUGAUGCUGAUAAAGGAUCAAAUUCCAAGAUAACAUAUUCAAUAUCCAACACCGCUGCAGAUGUAAGAGACAUGUUUGAAAUUCAUGAAAUAAAUGGGGAUUUGAUCUUGAAAAGUAGCGUAGACUAUGAAAAG